UAACGCAGUCUCCUUUCGACUCUGCCAUCGAGCUGUACUCGCGACACAAAUGAAAAUUGUCUGUAGUCGUAUGUAUUCCUACUCAAACUAAUCCUACAACGCUUCGAGUGUAAGUCGACAGAUCGAAUUAAAACGACAGACACAAGGACGACGAGAUGCAGCUGACUUGUUUUGGCGUAUUCGCAGUGUUGCUGCUGCUGCAGUCAACUUCCGCGCAAGAUUUUGACAAUAUCGAUUGUACAACGUCGUCAGGAGAGGGUGGAACGUGCAUCAACAUAAGGAGAUGUCAAAGCCUGUUGGAUAUCCUCCUCACGCAGGGAAAUGCCGCAGGAAAUUAUUUGCGAAGCUCUGUGUGCGGAUUCGAAGGGCUCGAUCCGAGAGUUUGCUGUCCAUUGGAUUCACAAUCAAUUACCUCUGCACCGGUCACUACACCUAUGGUUGGAAGACAGGUGGCGUCUUAUGGACCAUUGUAUCCGAAUGAGUGCGGCCUCAGCAAUGCGACGUACACUCGAGUUGUCGGCGGAAUUCCAGCAACAUUGGGUGCUUGGCCGUGGAUAGUGGCGCUUGGAUACAAACCGACAAGAGCCGGUAGUCACCCGAAAUGGUUGUGUGGCGGUACUUUGGUUUCAUCCCGCCACAUUAUUACUGCAGGUCACUGCGUUUUCAACCGUAAAGAUCUGUACCUUGUACGACUUGGUGACUUAGAUUUGGUCAGCGAUAAUGACGGAGCAAAUCCGAUCGACAUACCUAUCGAAAAAAUAACUAUACAUCCCGAUUACGACCCCUCUCAUUACACGAAUGAUAUAGCCGUGAUAAGGAUGGAAAGGAACGUACCGUUUUCACAAAACAUUCAUCCGAUUUGUUUGCCACUUGAGGACAACAUUCGAGAGAGGAAUUUCACGAGAAUGUUUCCAUUCGUUGCUGGAUGGGGAGCGGUGUAUUUUAACGGACCAUCAAGCACUCGAUUACUCCAGCUGCAGAUACCCGUCGUGUCGCCUGAGGCGUGUGCAAAGGCCUUUGAACCAUUCAAAAGUACAGUAAUAGACGAUCGAGUAUUGUGCGCGGGUUUUGCUCGUGGAGGAAAAGACGCAUGUCAAGGAGACAGUGGUGGACCAUUGAUGUUUCCUCUGGGCAGGAUCUCUUAUUUAAUUGGCGUCGUUUCAUACGGGCAUAAGUGCGCGGAACCCGGUUUUCCCGGUGUUUAUACUCGGGUUACGUCGUUUUUGGACUUCAUUCAGACCAACUUAGUUUAAAUUUAAAAGUUACGUAGCAUAUACGGUGCGAAAAUUCAAUUUUAAAGAGUAUUCUCGUGUACUGCACAUAAUAUUGUGAGAAUCAUUAACUGAUCUGCUUAAUUUUGAUUUAUGAAAGUGAUAUGAUAUAUACAUAUAGUAAAAUUAUAGUUUAGUGAUUAAUUAUAUACAUAUAGUAUUUAAUAUUUUGUACAUGACAAUUGAGCAAUAUAAGAGUCGAAAAGCAAAACAUAAAA